GGUGCGCUUUGGUGGCAGCGGCGUUGUCGCCUCCCUCCGUGUUUUGAUCUGCCCGAAACUGACGGCGGAAAAAAGGGGAGAGCUUUAGAAAGAAAAAUCAAUCAGGCCUUGCAACUGCGUCGUUCGGAGAAAAGACCGGAGAUGAAUUCCGAGGGCAGCCCCGAGUACUCGCCUUUCUUCGCCGUGAUGGGAGCCUCCGCGGCCAUGAUCUUCAGCGCAUUAGGAGCUGCAUAUGGGACGGCGAAGAGUGGCACAGGUAUCGCCGCAAUGUCUGUGAUGCGGCCAGAGCUCAUCAUGAAGUCCAUCAUCCCUGUAGUCAUGGCCGGUAUCAUCGCCAUCUAUGGGCUGGUAGUGGCUGUGCUGAUAGCAAACGACAUAUCCGAGAAAGUUCCCCUUUACAAGAGUUUUCUGCAUCUGGGUGCUGGUCUGAGCGUUGGCCUGAGUGGUUUGGCAGCCGGCUUCGCCAUCGGCAUCGUGGGUGACGCUGGCGUGAGGGGCACUGCCCAGCAGCCCCGGCUUUUUGUGGGCAUGAUCUUGAUUCUGAUCUUUGCUGAGGUGCUGGGGCUUUACGGCCUUAUUGUGGCUCUCAUCCUGUCCACAAAAUAAGUAUCUGCAUCCAGCAGCAUGUCAUUCAUUCCACAUCAAAGCAGCAAGAACAAAUAGGAGACUGCCACCUAUUUCCAUGACACCCUGUGGGUCUGACAGGAUGGGAUGGCAACAGAAACAUGUCAGUCGACUUAACUGCUCUCUUCCCAGUUGAUGUGAUCAGUUCAUAUUAUUUAAAGCCAUCCAGUUGUGUCAGGUCCUGUACGUACUGAAAGGGCAUGAAGAUACAUUUGGUUGUUGUGGGAUGACGUGUGGACAGUCUGCCUGAUUGUUGUCUGAUCUUAAACCUGUACAGUGCUCCAGAGUCCGCCCCCUCGGUAAACGUAGUAACCAGUCUGUGCUGUGAAUGUGAGUAUCAACAAUUCCACUCUCCAUUUACCUCUCUUUUUGUUGUUGUUUGUUACUCUGUUUCUCAAAAACUGUUUAAGAAUUGUGACUACUAUAUUUAUUUAUUUAUUUAUUUCAUGUUCUGUUUUGGGAGAAUCUUUGAAUAGCACUGAUGAGGAGCUAUCAAUUUGUUUUCACUGUUUAUUGAACGCUUUUAGGAUUUUGACUUUAUGAAACUGUUUAAAUGGAAUACUGUUACCCCAUAUAAAUAUAGAAAUUAUCUGUGUAUAGUUAGAUUAAUUGCACUGUGGAUCUAUGUUCUAAGUGCUUGGAGUUCCUCUGGGUGUAGUGUGAUCAUUAAUGGAGGAUAUCCACAUACUGAUGUAAAUGUGUUUGUAUAUGAGUGAAUGACCUGCGUGCAUAAGGUGUGCAAGUGGAUGUGUUGAAUAUGACAUUUUCAAACACUAGUAUCAUUUCACUGUAGUGCUGCUGUUUUUUGUUGUUUUUAUUUAAUUUAUUUAUUUAAGGUGCAAGCUCACUGUUCAGCCAUGCCUGUCAGAUUUCGAAUAAAACACAACCUCCUCCAGAA